AUGUCUCGUCGUAAUGACUUCGCGGGAUAUCCUCAACAACCGAACCCGGCUGCCCAGCAGCAGCAACACCAACAACAUGCUCAGCACCAGCAGCAUCAACCCCAACACCACCCGCAUCAGCAACAACAUCCUCAACAUCAACAGCACGCACAGCAUGCGCAGCAGGCCCACCAGCAGGUGCCUCAGUACCAGGUCCAGCAGCAUCCCCAACAUCCUCAGCAUGCGCAACAUCAGCAGGCCCAUCAACAGCAGCAACAAGCGCACCACACAACGCCGGUCCAGCCAACGAUGACCAUUCCCCAGCAGCAGCCCGCUGCGCCGCCGCCUCAGAAAUCAACUCCGACUCCGGCCCCCGCAUCUGUGCCGGCGCCGCGAUCCAGGAAGCGAGCCCAUCCGUCGUCGCAACAGGCACAACAGCAGCAGCAGGCGCAACAAGCACAACAGGCGCAACAGGCUCAACAACAGCAGCAACAGGUUCAGCAGCACCACACACCGCAACAAGCUCAGCAGCAGGUGCCUCGGUACCAACCGCAACCACCGCAGGUCCAGCAACAGAUACAAGUCCCACAGCCCCAGCAACCUGCGCCGGCCCCCGUAGCCCCGGUCCAGCAGGCGCCCGUAGUUACGGCUCCGCCUUCGGCCCCAGUCGCCACGACUCCUGUCCCUGCGCCGACUCCGACUCCCAUCGCUGCACCACCCCCCCCGGCCCCAGUUUCUCAGCCCGCGCCGCCGGCAGAAGCUAAUUCGACCCCAGCGCCGCCGCCAGCAAAGAAGAGCCGAACAAAUACCCCAUGGACGCCGGCUGAAGAGCUCAGACUGAAGCAGAUGCGAGAUGCCGGCAACAGUUGGGCUGAGAUUGCCAAGACCUUCCCGUCGAGAACAGAGGGAAGUGUCAAGAAGCACUGGUACAAGGAUAUGCAUUAUGCAGAGUUUGCCGAGGAUGAGAGCCAAGCAUUGCUUAAUGCGAUCAAGGAGUAUGAGAACAACAAGUGGAAGACGAUUGGCCAAAAAGUUGGCAAGCCGGCGAAGGCUUGUGAGCAAUAUGCCAAAGAACAUUUCCCCGAAAUUUUCACUGGCCAAAAGACACGUUAG